UCACCUAAAGAGAGCAUGGACCAUUUGACAAGGAUAUACCCAUGGCCUCUAAAACUAAUUACACAUAAAGGAUGCUUGCAGGCGAGUUGUGGUCAUCAACUGUAAAGAAACUUGAAGUAGCGUCCUUUUCUCCUAUCCCUCCAAACUUAUCCUCCAUCUCCACUUGCAAUGGUUUAUUUAUAGAGCAUCUAUUGUAACCUCUGUAACUAAUUUAUUACUCUCCUCUCAUCUCCUCCAUGGCUCCAUCCUUUCUCAGCUUUGCGUCACUAUACUCCUUCUAUCUUCGUCAUUGCUUCACCUCCUCCGGCCUUUCACAACAAUCCAUCGACGUUGGUGAUGAGACCAUCAUCCACUUCUGGGCACCCACUCAACUGCGUCAACCCAAACCAAAUUUGGUCUUUAUUCAUGGCUUCGGUCCUGUCUCUCUAUGGCAAUGGCGCCAGCAGGUUCAAUUCUUUGCACCUGACUUCAAUUUGUACGUCCCUGACUUGAUAUUUUUCGGUGACUCGACAACAAAAUCCUCAGAAAGGUCAGAGAUCUUCCAGGCGGAGUCGGUGGCGAAGCUGCUUGAAACGUUAGGUGUGGAGAAGUAUUCUUUGGUGGGCACAAGCUAUGGUGGGUUCGUGUCAUACCACAUCGCAAGGAUGUUUCCAGAGAGGGUUGAGAGGGUGGUCAUAGCAAGCUCUGGGGUCAACAUGAAGAAGAAAAAUAAUGAAGAGCUUGUGAAGAAGGCAAAUUUGGAAAAAAUUGAUGAUCUUAUGUUGCCGCAAAAACCUUCAGAUUUGAGAGCUUUGCUAGGUGUUGCUGUGUCCAAGCGAAGUCUCCUCAUGAUUCCUGAUUUUUUCUUGAAUGACCUCAUAAACAACUUGUUCGCAGAAAACAGGAAUAAGAAAAUGGAACUUCUGAGCGGAUUAACCAUUGGACAGGAUGAUGCAGUAAAUAUCUCUCCACUUCAACAGGAUGUCUUGUUAGUAUGGGGAGAUAAAGACCAAGUAUUUCCUCUGGAGAUGGCUAAGGAUUUACAAGGGCUAAUUGGGAAGAACGUGAAGUUGGAAAUAGUAAAGGACACAUCCCAUGUACCCCAAAUUGAAAAUGCAGCAGAAUUCAACAAAAUUAUCAAAAAUUUCUUGAGUGCCUCUCCGUGACUAAUUAUGUACCCUUUGCAAACUCUAAAUUAUGAGCAUGUAAUUGAAUUUGUGCUGGGGAUUAUGCUAGAGGACUGAAGAUUUACUGAUUAUGUGCACAAUUCUUCUUAAUGAGGGCAUGCUUUCCCUUUUAAUUCUUAGCCU